GUUUUCUUGUCAGUUUUGACAAACCUAUUGAAUAUUUUAGCAGUCAGUCAAACAAUAAUGGUCCGGGAUUUUUUUUGAACUAAAUCUGUGAAUUCCAUUAAUUACCCUUGUAAAUAAAUCAAUUAUCAGAAACCCGAACAUUCAAGUGUAGGCUGUGGUUAUUUUAAUUGCGAAAUAUUAUUUUGUACUAUCGAUAAUACUUAUCUGAGACACAAGGGUACCCUUUUCCAAAGUAGUUUCGUGCAUGUAGACCUAUAAACGUGGAGAGAACCAUGACGAAGCGAAGUACCAUCAUCGGGCUAAUAUUUGCAAAUUUCUUCUGUGUGCAAUGUUUCUAUUUGCCAGGGUUGGCUCCUGUGAAUUAUUGCAAGAAGGAUGAUGAACAACCAACGUGCAAAUCCGAAGUGAAGCUAUUUGUUAACAGAUUAAAUACCGAAGAAUCAGUAAUCCCCUAUGAAUACAAUUAUUUCGAUUUCUGUGUGACGGAUGAUGAUUCAAAGGCGCCAGUAGAAAAUUUGGGCCAAGUGGUGUUUGGUGAAAGAAUCAGAGCAUCGCCUUAUAACAUCGAAUUCAUGAAAAAUGUCACUUGUACUGAGGUGUGCAAGAAAACGUACGAUGGAAGCAAGAAAGACGACAACAUGCGUUUGGCCACUCUAAGGAAGGGAAUUAGUUUAAAUUAUAAACAUCAUUGGAUUGUUGAUAACAUGCCAUUGACUACCUGCUUCUAUAGGGAAGAGAGUAGACUUUAUUGCAGCCCUGGCUUUCCGAUGGGUUGCAAGUCAGGUAAUAAAAAACUAGGCAGUUGUGUGCCUGAAAACGAAGAACCUGAUACUUAUUACAUUUAUAACCAUGUCGAUUUGACUAUUACCUAUCAUUCGGGUGUUAAGGAGGACUGGGGUGUGAAGUUUGGAAGCAAUGGAGGUAGAAUUAUCUCUGUUAAAGUGGUGCCCAGGAGCAUUAAUUAUAGAGACGGUUCAUGCAACAACCCCAUCAACAAUUUACCACCCCUGCGUUUUCCUGAUAAACCCCUAGGAAAUAAUGAAAAGUUUGAAAUAACCUACACGUAUUCGGUCACAUUUAUCCAGAACAAUUCAGUGAAAUGGUCUUCCCGUUGGGAUUAUAUUUUGGAAGCGAUGCCCUACACCAAAAUACAGUGGUUCAGCAUUUUAAAUUCGCUGGUAAUUGUUUUAUUCCUGUCUGGAAUGGUUGCUAUGAUCCUUUUAAGGACUUUGUACAAGGAUAUUGCCCGAUACAAUCAAAUAGAUAACGGCGAAGAUGCUCAAGAAGAGUUUGGCUGGAAGCUUGUCCACGGCGAUGUCUUCCGACCUCCGCGCAAAGGAAUGCUUCUCUCAGUUCUUUUGGGAUCCGGCAUUCAAGUCUUUUGUAUGGCUCUCGUUACACUGGCCUUUGCUUGUUUGGGAUUUUUGAGCCCGGCAAAUCGUGGCGCCCUGAUGACUUGCUCCAUGGUUCUGUAUGUGCUGCUUGGAUCGCCUGCCGGCUAUGUUUCGGCUCGAAUUUACAAAAGUUUCGGUGGAGAGAAAUGGAAAUCGAAUGUUUUACUGACAUCAAUGUUAGCGCCCGGUAUCGUAUUUGGGCUUUUCUUCAUCAUGAACUUGGUGCUAUGGGCAAAGGGCAGCUCGGCUGCGAUUCCCUUCAGUACUCUGGUGGGAUUAUUGGCGCUUUGGUGGCUGGUUUCGGUGCCCUUGACAUUUGUAGGGGCCUUUGUGGGUUUCAGGAAAAGGGCAAUAGAGCAUCCAGUGCGCACCAAUCAGAUUCCAAGACUGAUACCCGAUCAGUCCGUUUACACUCAACCACUGCCAGGAAUAGUCAUGGGCGGAGUGCUGCCAUUUGGUUGCAUUUUUAUCCAGCUUUUCUUCAUUCUCAACUCGAUAUGGUCAUCUCAGAUGUACUACAUGUUUGGAUUUUUAUUCCUGGUGUUUAUCAUACUAGUUAUCACUUGUGCCGAAACCACAGUGCUCCUGUGCUAUUUCCAUCUGUGCGCUGAAGACUAUCAUUGGUGGUGGCGCUCGUAUUUAACUUCAGGCUUCACAUCGAUCUACUUGUUCUUGUACUGUUGUCAUUAUUUCUCCACAAAACUGCAAAUCGAAGAUGCAGCUUCAGCUUUCCUCUACUUCGGGUACACUCUCAUUAUGGUGUUUAUGUUCAACUUGCUGACUGGCACGAUAGGCUUCUUUGCCUGCUUCUGGUUUAUACGAAAGAUCUACAGUGUAGUCAAAGUCGACUGAAAGAUGAUGGAAUUAACUAAUAUGAAUGUUUUGUGUUGUCUGGCCCUGUUAAAUAUCAGAGUUCGACUUUCCUAUGAUUGAGAAAACCAUUAUUUUUAAUCGUUAGAACUUUUUUAAACUAAAUUAUUGGGAGAGUGACUGUAUAUUUUUCAGCAAUUAGCAAUGUAUUUAUUGAAUAGUAUUCUGUGCGCAAAUAUAUUUUAAGUACAUCAUGGAGUAAAUAAUUGGAUUUUAUAUGUCAAUUCAAAGAGAUUUUGUUUGAAGUACAUAUAUGAUCAGUGCAAAUACUGAGAACAGGAUUUCCAUUUUAAAAAGUACAUUAUUAUACUGUAUGGACAUCCGCUGAAAACAGUUACCAUUAUAAAGGUAUUAACUGUAAUAGGUUUAGACUUAGUUCGUUAAUACCAAAUCUAACACUUCACUUUAAGCAUUGCAAGAUUGGAGACUGACAAGGAUUCACUUGGAUUAAUCGGUUUUAUUUUUACCUUGUGAUAAAAAAAUCUUAAAUAAACAUCAACGAGUGAUUGCGUUGGUAAAUAUUAGCUUAUGAGAUCCAUUAGCUUACAUCGCGUUUCUGGUUUUUUUUCUGUUGGCUUCUUUAAUAGUUAUAUUAUUUGAUGUUGGUACCUAUACUUUACGUGAUUGGAAUCAUUUGAAUUAUGUAAAAUAUUAUUGUACAAUAAUUAUCUAUUGUAAUAUAGAGAUAUUUCUA